UCGAUUUGUGUUCCAGCUCUACCGUUGUGUCACUUGAAGAAAAAAAUAUUAAUUUGCACCGACGACGAACGAUUUUCAUUGGAAAAGCAAUCAAAGGAUAUUGUGUAGAUUACUUGCAAAUCAGAACAAAGAAAACGAACAUUUUUACAUUUUUGUAACCCAAAAAAGUGAAAAGCGUCUGGCCAGAGGGCAAAACCAAAUUGAUUGCCUGCAGAAUAGAAAAACCAAUUUUUAGUGCGUUUGUGUGUGAGCAGCAGCAACAGCGGAAAAAAUGGCAGCGAGCGACAAAUCGGUCGACGAUUCUCUAUAUCCAAUUGCCGUUCUAAUCGACGAAUUAAAGAACGAAGAUGUUCAGCUUCGAUUAAACUCCAUCAAGAAGCUGUCUACUAUCGCCUUGGCCUUGGGAGAGGAGCGCACACGUUCCGAAUUGAUUCCCUUCCUCACCGAGACCAUAUACGAUGAGGACGAGGUGUUGCUGGCCUUGGCCGAUCAACUCGGCAACUUUACAAGUCUUGUUGGUGGACCCGAAUUCGCCAUGUACUUGAUCCCGCCCCUGGAGAGUCUGGCGACCGUAGAGGAGACUGUGGUACGGGACAAGGCGGUAGAAUCUCUGCGCACUGUGGCCGCUGAGCACAGCGCACAGGAUUUGGAGAUCCACGUGGUGCCGACUCUGCAGCGUUUGGUUUCCGGCGACUGGUUCACCUCCCGUACAUCUGCCUGUGGACUUUUCUCAGUCUGCUAUCCACGAGUCACUCAGCCUGUGAAAGCUGAGCUGCGCGCCAACUUCCGCAAGCUCUGCCAGGAUGAGACACCAAUGGUGCGCCGUGCAGCAGCCAAUAAGCUGGGAGAAUUUGCCAAGGUCGUGGAAACGGAGUAUCUCAAGUCUGACUUGAUUCCGAACUUUGUGCAGCUGGCACAGGAUGACCAGGACUCUGUUCGCCUUCUGGCUGUGGAGGCUUGCGUCAGUAUUGCCCAGCUCCUGCCCCAGGACGAUGUGGAGCACUUGGUUCUGCCCACGCUGCGACAGUGCGCCAGUGAUUCUUCGUGGAGGGUACGAUACAUGGUAGCAGAGAAGUUUGUAGACCUCCAAAAGGCCGUGGGUCCUGAGAUCACUCGGGUGGACUUGGUGCCCGCUUUCCAGUACUUGCUCAAGGACGCCGAAGCCGAGGUUCGCGCCGCGGUAGCUACCAAAGUCAAGGACUUCUGUGCCAACCUGGACAAGGUUAACCAGGUGCAAAUUAUCCUUAGCUCCAUUUUGCCGUAUGUGCGCGAUCUUGUUUCGGACCCCAACCCACAUGUCAAGUCUGCCCUCGCAUCAGUUAUUAUGGGCUUGAGUCCGAUGCUGGGCGCUUAUCAGACGGUGGAGCAGUUGUUGCCAUUGUUCCUCAUUCAACUCAAAGAUGAGUGCCCGGAGGUGCGCCUGAACAUCAUUUCGAACUUGGAUUGUGUAAACGACGUCAUCGGUAUUCAGCAACUGUCACAAUCGCUUCUGCCCGCUAUUGUCGAGUUGGCCGAGGACUCCAAGUGGCGCGUGCGUCUCGCCAUCAUUGAGUACAUGCCUGCUUUGGCCGGUCAGUUGGGCCAGGAGUUCUUCGACCAGAAACUGCGGGGUCUGUGCAUGGGCUGGCUCAACGAUCACGUUUACGCCAUUCGUGAAGCUGCCACCCUCAAUAUGAAGAAGCUGGUUGAGCAGUUCGGAGCCCCUUGGGCCGAGCAGGCCAUCAUUCCCAUGAUCUUAGUUAUGUCACGUAACAAGAACUACUUGCACAGAAUGACCUGCCUGUUCUGUCUAAACGUUUUGGCAGAGGUCUGCGGCACAGAUAUAACCACCAAACUAUUGCUGCCCACAGUACUCCUGCUUGCCGCUGAUCCCGUUGCUAAUGUUCGCUUCAACGUGGCCAAGACCCUGCAGAAGAUCUCGCCCUUCCUCGAGGCCAGCGUCAUCGAUGCUCAAGUAAAGCCCACACUCGAUAAACUGAACUCAGACACAGAUGUGGACGUCAAGCAUUUUGCUGCACAGGCCAUUGCCGGUAUAGCUGCAGAAAUGGAACUGAAUGUGUUUAGAACAGCAAUACCGCCAUGUAUGGGUGCAAAAAUUGAAGCGGCAAUGGACUCAAAACUGAUCGUGGAACCACCUCCACAGACAGCGGCUGCCGAUGAAAUUCUGCAGGAGAUGAACGGCAAGGCAGCGGCAGCUAUGGAGCCGCCUAAGGUUGACUCGGAAUGUUAGAGGAUGAGUAGCCAACCAUAACAAGUGUAAUGUGCCUCCCGCUUUCUCCAGCCAGAUCCAUAGCCAAAGUGUUUAUAAUUCCUUGCCCACGAUAAACAUAUUCAUACCUGUUUGUUUGUACAAGAUAACGAAGCUAGAAGUCAGAUUCAAGUGCGAGUAUAGCAAAUCAAAUUUUGACCGAUACUAAUGUUGAACCAUAUUUCUCUGUCUCUU